AAUGUCCGGGAAGCAUGAAAUCAGGAUUCAGUAUACAGGGCAUAGACAUAUAAAAGUCUGUUCAUGUACCCUCUUUCGUGCAACUGAACAGUUAACCCUAACCCAAUCUCUAACCGAACUCCUUCAUUACAAAAUGAUCUUUCAUAUGUACUAUACAUACAAAUCACAAUCCUAAACUCUGUCGCUUCAUUUCUCUUCAUCAGGCUUCUUAAUCCAAGGCUUAUUGAUAUAGCUUGGAUGUAAUCACAAUAAUCUCAUGGUAAAACUUAACUACAGAGCUACUAAUUAAGCUUAUUAUAUUUUGUGUUAGUGUAAGAAUGAAUUAGAUCAUGAGUGGCAAAAAGAAUCAGAAGCUAUCCGAGUCAAAAAGCGAUAAGAUUAGUGGUCUACCUGAUUGUGUUUUGCGAUAUAUACUUUCGCUUAUUCCUACUAAAGAUGCUGUGGCUACUUGCAUUUUGUCGAAAAGGUGGAAGUUCUUGUGGACUUCUGUGCCUAAUAUUGAUUUUGAUGAUGCAUUGCUCUAUACGAAUGCGGACUUUUGGUAUCCGGUUGAGGUGACUCGGUUUAUGAAUUUCGUGGAGAGAGUGCUUUUGCUUCGAGAUUCUUCGAGUAUUAAGAAGUUUCGGUUGUCAUGUCGAGUUUGUUUUAGUGCCUCUCGUGUUCAUGCAUGGGUUUCUGCUGCGGUUAUGCAUGAUAUUGAGGAACUUGAUCUUUGCUUCUUUGUUGAAAAGCCGUUUAUGUUGCCUCUAUGUGUGUUUUGUAGUAAAUCACUCACUGUAUUGAAAUUACAAAUGAAUUGCGAGCUGCAACUUCCUAAUUGCAUUUCGUUUCCAAGUCUUAAAACGUUAGAGCUAUGUCUGUUUACGUUUGUGGAUGACGAGUCUAUGGAAAAGCUUUUCUCUAACUGUCCUGUGCUUGAAGAGUUGUCCAUUUUAGACUGUGAGUGGGUGAAUUUGACGAAUGUUACGAUCUGUAUUCCUACCUUGAAGAGUUUGACUAUAGAUGAUUUGCCUUACUAUGGAACCUUUGAUGUGAAUGGCUGUCGAAUUAAGAUCGAUGCAGAAAACCUCAUGCACCUAUCUUACAGUGGCUAUUUGUGCAAUGAACUUAUCCCAUUUUAUGUACCUUCACUGGUUAAAGCACAUAUUCACAUUCCAAAUUUGUUUGAGGAUCAGAAAGAAGUUGUCCCUCGAACUGCUAAGCUACUCAGGGGAUUGCAGCAUGUCCAUAUUUUGAGGAUGUCUACUCGCACUAUCAAGUCUCUUUUCUUAGCGGGUAACUUGCUGGAAGUACCCUUGUUUCAGAAAUUGACCUGUUUAGAGCUAACAAUGAAAAUUGAGAAUCUUUCUAUUGCGGGAUUGAUGAAUUUGCUCCACUGCUUACCAAAUCUAGAAUCUCUCCACUUUUGCGAGGGGCUUGAGCUAUGCAUGUGCUCCCAGGAUAAUGCUUGGUAUAUAAAACCAGCACCUAGAUGUUUGGUGUCCUGCCUAAAGAACAUCAGGUUCCAAAAUUUCAGAGGAUAUGAUUUGGAAAUUUGCUUCCUAAAGUACUUUCUAGAAAAUGCACUUGUUUUGGAGAGAAUGUAUAUAUACUCUGCCAAGAAUACAAAAGGAAGUCAGAAGAGCCAAAAGGAACUGAAUGCGAUGCUACAGUCUUUUGACCGAGGCUCAAAAAACUGCAUUCUCUGUUUCAUAUAAAGCUUCAAGGAUACUAUACACAAGUGAGGAUUCAGCGAUGAAGUAUCCCUCGCACUUUAUGGAGAUUAAAGCUAUCUACAUCCCCCAUACUUUUUUGGUGAUUCAAGCUCCUCACUUCUGCUCAUGCUGCUUGGUUACGUGGAUGCUACAUUUUGAUCUUAAUAUUUUUACCUACUUACUAGCAUCUCUAUCUGCUGUAUUUGAUUUCAGCAUUGACUUUUGAAGAUGGUGGAGCUACCGGAUCAUAGAUUUAUGCAUUUAACGAUCAUAUGCCUCUAAUAGUGAUAUAUCACUUGGUUCAGGAUGACGCUCAUGUAGAUUUUUGUUAAUUAACAUUGUAAAGUUGUUCACAACGGGUAUAUAGAGAUCAACAUGCUUGAUUUACACUGGAACCAGUGCUUGAUUGCCAACAAUCCUAUUCUUAGGGGUUGUUGGAUUUGAGCUCGUUAACUUUGUAAUAUGAAACAUUGUGAUUUUUAAGAGUAGGUAUGUAAUAUGUUGUAAAUCAGUUUAUUCCA